AUGAUAUCCAAGGCCUCUCCCAUCGCUGGUCCCAUCACCCGAUUCCCGGCUGACGAUCUCCGCCAUGCAAAGCGCUUGAUCACCACGCAUAACUCCAAGGGACAAGGCGUCUUCCUUCCCGAUGACGAUGGAGAUCAUCACAAGAUCAUGCUGAACGGCCAAGCGGCUGCCAACAUCAUCUAUAGCACCCAGGGCGCCCAGGUUGAUCUUAAUGACGAGAAAGAUAUCAAAUUCGCCAAAGAGAAUGAACCCCCUAUUCACGUCCGCAAUGGCUCUGUCGCGCGUCUCAUCGAUUUUGCUCCCGGCAUGGAGUCGCCUAUUCAUCGUGCCAUGUCCAUUGACUACGGUGUAGUGGUCGAGGGUGAGUUCAAACUCACUCUCGAUAGUGGGGAAAGCCGAAUCAUGUUACCAGGAGACUGCUCAGUAAAUCGGGGGUGCAAUCACAUGUGGAAGAAUCUCUCUGAGACGAAAAGUGGUCGCAUGCUGUUUAUCCUCUUGGACGUUCAGCCGCUGACUGUCAAUGGUCAUCUAAUUGAAGAGGACUUGGGUGAAUUGGCUGAUGAAUAUCCCCCACACCCGGAGCACUGA